GAUUUCGGAAUACAUCCAGGUACAUACCUACUUACCUAUUACUUCAAAGUAUUUUAAAAUCCAGGUCGUUCAUGACAGUCAAGAAUUCGAAAUUUCGCGGAGGAGGGUUUCCAUGGAUUUAACGGCAUAAUUCUCUACUUCACUUAGAUCCGGAACAAAUCUAGCCGCGGGCACCUGGUCUUGUUAUUGUACAGAACUUAUUACGAGCUUCAUUUCCUUAUUCCUUGGAAACAGAAGAAAUCACCAAGAUACUUUCAAUCGAAGGUGUGUCUCGCGAUGGAACAGUGAUAUUGAAAAUCCUCCCAGUUCUCUUAAAUUACCCUCACUUCCUCAACCUGUCUCAUCCUUUAAUUUGAUUCGCUCACCAUCCUCUUCGACAUAUCCCCGAGAUUCCCGACGAUCUUUAGUUUGACGAAAGUAUGCCAGAAAAACAAUUCACGACUCUAACAUAUGCCGCGGGCGCCUCUCUUGCUGCAAUUACACUUGUCUAUGUAUUUGCGCCGACCUUCCUGAUGGACGAACAGAACUCAUCGUCCAACACGAGGAAGAAAGGAGUGGUGGGCUUGAUCAAUACUGCCAAUGAUUGUUUUAUAAAUUCAGUACUCCAGGCCCUCGCUGGCCUAGGCGACCUACGCAUAUAUCUCAUUAGGGAGACACAUAGAAGGGCAUUGGAUAACUCGGAGGUAUAUAGUCAGAUUGUGGAAGACCCGGCGCGGCAGGGCUUGCCAGCAUGGAAGGUAGAAGGUCUACAAAAGGGCUUAGUCACCACGGGUCUGAAAGAGAUCUUGGAUGCAUUGAACGAAAGACCCCUGAAUAAAAAGACCAUAUCCGCUGCGCCAUUUGUAUCUGCGUUAGAAGCUGCCUUUAAGCAGAGGAUUAGCCGGCAACAACAGGACGCGCAAGAGUUUCUCCAAGUAGUGGCCGAAAGGUUAAGCGAUGAGUACCAUGCAGGUCACAGGGCAAGGAACCACGCAAGGAAGUUAGAGGCUGCUGCUGCUGCAUCUGCAGAGUUACACACUUUAGAUGAAAGAGUUGUGAACGAAAAGUUGACCCAGCUUACUCUGGAUAAUAGCGCGACACCUGGCACAGAUUCUCCUGCGGCGAAAGCGUCAUCAGCUUCUUCUCAUAACUCAGAAAAGGCAAGCUCAACAUCCUCUAGGUCGCCCCAACAAGGUGGAGAACCCACUAACGACUUUGAUAACGAGGAUGGCUUCCCAUUUGAAGGUGGUUCUGAAUCACAAAUCGAAUGUUUAACCUGUGGUUUUAAACCAAAGCCUACUCAGACAACAUUCUGUUCUCUGACGUUAUCAGUGCCUCAGGUUACUUCUACCACUUUAAAUGCAUGCUUUGACGGAAUGUUUAAAACAGAAUAUAUUGAGGAUUUUAAGUGCGAGAAGUGUAGAUUAGUACAUGCCUUGGAGACCUUUGAACAAGAAUAUUCUCGCUCAAAUUCGGAGAAAUUCAAGAAAAAGACACAAAAGUCGAUAGACAAGCUGAAGGCUGCUAUAGAAACAAAUCCCGAAGAGGAGCUUCUCGAUGUUGAACUCCCAGAUUCAAAAUUCGCGCCCAAGCGAAAAAUCGCUAAGCAUGUCCGUAUUACCAAAUUCCCAAAGGUUAUGGCAAUUCAUCUCUCAAGAUCAAUUUUUGAGUCUAGGACAACCAUGAAGAAUUCCGCGAAGGUAGCAUUUCCUGAACAGUUACCCCUUGGAGGCUUACUGGAACGACGGAAGUACAAGCUUCUUAGUCUAGUAUGCCACAAGGGAAGUCAUCAUAGUGGACAUUAUGAAUCUUUCCGAAGGCAAAACCUUGUUGCUCCAUUUUCAACCCCGAAUACCUUUCAGCCAUCAAUCGCAUAUGCCAAAUCUUUAACUUCUACCCCUUCAGUACUUUCGACGCCCAGAACAAACGCUACUCCAGGGGAUGAUGGUGACAAUACCACACUCUCAUCGACCCCCGAGUUAUUAUCACCAACGACGGCAUCUACCACAUCUUUGCCAGUCAUCAAUGGGCGCGGUUCGAUAGACUCUUCACUGAAUAACAAACGCCUCUCUAGCAUAAAUCCAACGUCGGCUAGUUCGGUUGCAUCGUCGUCCAAAACUGCAGGUCCUACAUCUGCACCCCGUGACUCUGAUACUGGUAGCAUCCGGUCUCUAGGACGUUCGGCUCGGAAAACUCUAUCGAAAGUAUCCAGUACAAUCAGUCGAUCGUCUCCUACAUCAUCAUCCCCCAACCCAUAUCCAUCCAAUCAAGAAAGUAGUCGGACGUUUGGGACGGAAACAGUUCGUGCUAAGCGAAAGAAGAAGACAGUUGAAAGGUGGUGGAGAAUUAGCGACGAAAAAAUAAAAGAGAGUAAGACUAGUGAAGUCCUGGACAUGCAGAAAGAGGUUUAUAUGUUAUUUUACGAGCUAGAAAGGGGAGAGGAAGAUUCAUAAAAGCAUUUUCGGCAUCGUUUGCAUGAAAAUUAGGGUUUGCUUGUACUUUGUAUAUUGAAUAUUGAACUUGUACAUGAUACCGGGGUUUGGUUUGAAUUGAUAGACGGACAUCAAUCUAGAGAGAAGAUAUUGAAAGGGACGGGGAAGUCUUAUACACCCUAGGUUAAUCUGAUGGUUCAAAUAUUAACAAUAUUUGACUUUAUUAUGGAUGACUACUAGAUAUAUAUGUAGG